CCGGGGCCGUGACUCGUUUUUGGCUCGUGUGGGCUAAGAGAGCGCGCGCCAAGUUUUUAGUUACGCGUCGGAACGUAUCCGUUGAAUAGCCGCCAAAGCGCGCUUAGAUGCAGCAACUGGCCAAGAGCCAUCGACCAGCAACGGCAACAUCAACAGAAGCAGCGCCAGCAGCGACGGUUAAAGCCCCUCGCAAAAAACAUAUAUUUAAAACUUAAUCCUAACAGUGGUCUCUGCAUACGAAAAAACCCCAAACAAUAUAAGGUUUUAUGCUCACUAAAGUGCUCCUCAUCAAAACAAACCCAAAUAAAAAUCGAUCAGAACACACAUAGUCGUGAAAUCCUAAGCUACUUUUUUUUAUCGUUAAACUUCAAAUCAAACAAACUUCAUUCUUCAAAGAAUCGUAUCCCCCAGUAUAACAAUAACCAGAAGAAGACGAACCAUAAGUAUCUUAUCAAUGAAUGGAAAGCAAACAGCGCACAAAUCAACAUAAACUAGUGAUAUCCCAUAUGUAAAGUGUUCGACAAACAGAUUCGGUUACGAAACAGAAACAGCUCAAGAUCAUAAAAGUCUACAAAUUCAAUAUUUUAUGGCAUGUCAGAGAGAGUGGAAUCUAUAAACAACAACAAAAAACCAUAAACAAAUAUUAACCAGAUGAUUUGGUAGUAUAUACAUACAUAUAUACAUAUGUACAUGUAUUCUGUGUAUAUGGUGGCAUCGAUUGCUUGAUUCACAUCGCCGGAAAAGCGGGAAAUACAAAGGAAAUGCAGACCUUUCCAAGCUCAAGACAUCAACUUUGCCACAUCACCUCUGACACCAGUUCCGGGAGUAACCAGACACAUAGCACCCACAGAGAGCCCCCAGCUCCAUCUGCGAUAUGAUGGAACGUCUAUCCACACACCUGUCGCUCACCGGCCUAUCGCUAGCCCAUCCACUUCAGAGUCACCUGAGCUCCGUGAGCUCCGGCAGCGGAUCGCACCACCUCGGACAACUGGCAGCGGCCGUGCAGCAGCAUCACCAGCAGGCCGAUCAGAGCCACACCCACGUCCACCACCUGCACGGUCAGCAGUUGGCGCUGGGCCAUCAGCACCAGCAAUCGCAGCAGCAGCACCAUCAGUGCAGCAGCAACAGCAGCAACGGCUCGCCGAACGGAUCGAGUGGUUUGAGCGGCCUGCAUCCCCACUCGGCCCUGCAUCUGGCCCACCACCACUCCCAGCUGCACCAACACCAUCAGGCAGGACAGCAGCAGCAGCAACAGCAGCAGACAUCGUCCUCCCACAGUCAGCCGGCGGUGUCGUCUGCCUCGUCCCACCACAGCCACAGCCACAGCCACAGCCAGGCUCAGUCGUUGCACCAGCCCCACAGUAACGGCAGCUCGCACCUGUCUGCAGGUGGGGCUGCCUCUGGUAGCAAUCACCACAGCAGUGCCGCACACCACGGAUCCGCGUCCAGUGCAUCGAGCAGCGUGAUGGCCGCCGCAGCCGCCGCCCAUCUGCACCACAACUCACAGGCCUCGCCCAUCAGCAACCUGCACCAGAAUAUGGGCACCCUCAUGAACAGUGGCAGCAGCGCCAGCGAUGUAUUCUUCAGCCUGAUGAUCCAGAACACAACGAAGCGCCAGAACGAGGAGCACAUCAAACGUCCGAUGAAUGCUUUUAUGGUCUGGUCGCGUCUGCAGCGGCGUAAAAUAGCUCAGGAUAAUCCCAAAAUGCAUAACUCAGAGAUAUCCAAGAGGCUGGGUGCAGAGUGGAAGUUGCUUACUGAGGAGGAGAAACGUCCGUUUAUCGAUGAGGCCAAACGUUUGAGGGCCAUGCACAUGAAGGAGCAUCCGGACUACAAGUACCGCCCGCGACGAAAGCCCAAAGCCCUGAGACGCGACGGUUAUCCAUAUCCGAUGCCAUACCCAUCGGUGCCCGUGGAGGCGUUACGUGCCGGCAUUUCGCCCGGUUACUUCGCUCCCGGUCCCACAGCGGCUGCAUAUCACCUGGGCAGCCAUCUCGGCCAGACAUCGACGCCGACCACGACGCAGGCCACCCUCUCAGGACAGAUGGACAAGUUUGCCCUGGAGAGGAGCUCGUAUCUGAGCAACGCAAUGAGCAAUGCCGGCAGCCAGGCGAGUGCUGCUGCCUACAGCGCCUACCUGGACCCCAGUGUGCUGACCAAGGCCUACUUCGACUCCAAGAUGUACCAGGAUCGGGCAGCCAACUAUGCCUUCGACAUAUCGAAGAUCUACGGAGCCCAGCAGCAUGCGGCCGCCCAUCACCAGCAGCAGCAGCAACAGCAGCAUCAGCAGCAGUUGCUAAUGGCAGGCGGUGGAGGUGGCGGUGGAGGCGGAGGAGGCAGUGCCAGCUCCCACAACAACAACAGCAGCAGUGGACUGGACGAGCGCGACGCCACGCCCCAGCUAGAAGGUGGUGGCAGCAUCGUGGUGGAGGCCAAACCCCAUCUGCACUCGCCCAGCGACGUGGGUCUGGACUACGCGCAAUACGCCCAGCAGUAUGGAGGACAGCUAGCCAGUGCAGCGUCCGUGGGGGCUGGGGGAGUGGGUGGAGUCGGUGUCACAGCAUCGGCUGGUGGGGCAGCAGGUGGCGGUGGAGCAGGUGCAGGCGCGGACUUUCGACGGCCUCUGACGGUGAUCUUCUGACCACCAUCCUCCAAUGGCAGCGAGGAGUUGAAUUUGUCUAUGACUUAGGGAAGAUCGAGGAAAUAUCCGAAAACGGCAAACCGAAAAACGAGAGAUUAAAGUUAAACGUAGCCAACAUUUACCGUUAAGUCAGUGAAAGGAUAGGAGACAGCUAUUAAUCAAGUGAGAGAGGGAGAGAGAGAACCAGAGCGAGAGGGAGUUAGUAAAGAAAGAGAAAAUAAAAACAAAAAACCAACAACGAGCGGUGCAAUUUUUUUUUUUUUAUAUUUUAAGCGCAAAUCGAAGUGCAUAGCAUAAAUUUAAACUUAAUAAAUAUAAAUGUAUUUAAAUUCUACUUACACACACACCCACACGCACACAAAAAACCAACAAACAACACAC